CAAACCAGACGGCCAACAAAAUCUUUCCCAUCCCCCUGCCAAUCAGCUCCGCCGCUCCGUACAUCCAUCCAUCCAUCCAUCCAUCCCCAUGGGCGCGGCGGCGGCGGAGGGGGAGAAGCGGACGCUGGUGUUCACGUACGGGACGCUGAAGCGGGGCUUCUCCAACCACGGGCUGCUGCAGGACCUGACGCGGGCCGGUGACGCGGCCUUCGUGGCCGCCGCGGCCACCGCGGAGCCCCUCCCGCUCGUCUGCGGGCCAUACCGCGUCCCCUUCCUCCUCAACCUGCCCGGCGAGCACGGCUGCCAGCGCGUCAAGGGGGAGCUCUACUCCGUCACCGCCAGGGGCCUCGCCCGGCUCGACGAGCUCGAGGGCGUCUCGCGGGCGCACUACGAGCGUCUCCCCGUCUCCGUCGUCGUCGUCGUCGAUGGGGAACGGGAGGCCGCCGCGACGGAGGGCGCGGUGGCCUACUACGCGCACCGCGGGUACGCGGCGGAGAUGUGGGCGCGGAGCGGGCGGCGGGGCCACGCCGAGUACUCGCCGGCGGUGGCGGCCGGGUACGUCCGCCGCGUCGACCGGCCCCAGCACCUCACCUUCCUCGACCAGAUCCGCGUCUUCGUCUCAUCCAAGUCCUAGGCGGCGGCAUCGGCAGAGAGACUCCACCUACACCUACAGGAAAAAUGGAUCUUGGAUCUUGCCUCUCUCGCAAUUUCGCCGCCGACGAGACGAGGACCGUACGGUCGGGUUGCUCGUUCGUCUGAUUCAGAUUUGGUGUGGUGUCGUGUGUCGCUUUGCUUGUGCGCUUAUCUAUCAUCCCCUUGUCUCAACUGAAAGAUGCGUGUCGUGCCAGUGCCAGUGCCAGUGCCAGAUUGAUGAUAGAUGGGUACACUUAUCAGGGCCCCAAUAAUAAUUGUUGUUGGCAUGUGCAUCCACCUCAUUUCUUCUUCAUAUACUCCUACAUGGUCUGAGUGAUAA